ACUGAGCCUGUUCUGGCCCCUCUGUUCCCUGCCCUGGGGGUGGUGGCUGUGACGUGCUUUGGUUCCACUGUUGUCAGGGCCACCCUGCAGUUGCUGCACCUUGAGGAGCUGCUCAUGCCCUGCUCCAGCAGAGCUGGAGGAGUCAGCAAAAGCAUAAUGAUGCCCUUUGGCACCCAUCGAGCGUGGGUCCUCGUGGUCCUGCUCCUGCUUUGUAGCAUCCAUUCACUGGUGGCAGCACCGAUCCAGCCUGGUUCAGAGCAGAGUGCAGAGACACCCAGCAAGCCUAACAUGACCAUGGAAGCAGUGUUUGAAUCUUUCCUGAGCUUCUUCAGACCCACGACCUGCCGCCUCAGCAGUGAGCGACUCCUGACUCCUUGUCCUGUAGAGGGCCUGAACAUGUCUGAAUGCUCCAAAAUCCGCUGCUGUCCCUUCAGAAUUGGCCAGGAUGAGCAGUGCUACAUGCCAGUGAGGGAUGAUGUGCAGCUGGCCAUUCGAGUGAUUUUGAUCACUGGAGGAGGAUUUUUGACUUUGGGAUUUCUACCAAUCUUUUGCUGUGCCCUUUUGCAGAGAAGUCCAUGUAUCAACCCUUUACGAAAGAUAGGCAAGAAAGUACAGAAAGUUGCACGGGAAAAAAGAGCUCGGGAUAAAAGGGCUCAGGAUGAGGAGAUCCAUCGCCACUUACUGGACUGACUCAGGAGAGAACCAAAAGGAUGACAAAAGGAAGGAACAUCCACCUGAUCCUGGAGAUCAAGCAGAAGACACCAGGAUUAUUUUGACUAUCUCCUAGAAAAUGACACAUUUUAUUUUAGCACUGAAGCAACACCAAGUUGUUAACCCUCGAUAAUACUAUUGAUUUUGCAGUAAAAGUGGUUUUUUAUUCUAGUUUCUUGCACUCAUUCCGUACCUUCUGUACAAAAAAAAAAAAUUUUAAAAAACCCAAAACUGGUAACACUGAAAGGCAAACUGCCCAUGGCAACCCCUGAGUAGAAAAGUCAGUGUUCUUUUCAUACAGCAGCAUCCCUGUGGAGGGAUAUAAAGACAGCAGUUAUGUGUCCAUCUCAGCUUAGGGGUCAGCCUUAGAAAAAGAUGAAGAGAGUUCUGUCACUCAUUAAAUUGGGAUUGAGAGGAAUAUUGGAUGGUCCCACAGCACAGCAGUGAGGAGAACUGCUAAUUCUUUACCAGGCUACAGAGGAUUUGGGCAACCUGUUGUUGAGUAAUUGCUUUAAAGAUAUUCUUGCCAGAAAUACAAAGUACUUAAAGAAACUGUGAGUGUUGUCUCUGGAGUUGUUCUCUCUGCAGGGUAUCACUGCACCGCGCUUUAUUUGAUCUUUUAUUGACCUGUCUCCCAAAGCAGGUGAUUCCAAAAUGCAGUUUCUUUCCAUUCCUGUGUAGUGUAACAAAAAUAAAAGGAACGGAUGUGUAACACUUUUUGACAGCUGAG